AUGAGUGGCAAGGUGCUUGGCUCGCCAGCUAACACGUCUCCGCCUUCCUUUCAGCCCCCCGUGCACUCAGUGGGCCGGCCGCGCUUGCAACCACAAACACGCGAGUCGGCCGAGCUCGAUUAUCGACUCGCGCCGAUCGGCGAUGGCGACUGUCCAUAUGGACAUAGACGAUCACCCCCAUGUCAGAUGGCUCAAUCAAGUACAGCGACCUGGGCUGAUCAAGGCUCCGAUCUCGGGAAGGGUCGGCGGCGAUGGCUUGACCACCAGUCCGCGGGGGCCCACGUCCGACCAAACACGGCUUGGGAUGCCCGAGCGCGCGACGGAAUACCAGUGGCUCGUCCCAUGGGAGUAG